CAUUGGCUAGCGGGGGAGCUGGCGGCGUGGUGACGUCAGGGCGCGGCGCGAGCGGCAGCGUGAGGGGAGCCGGGUCCGAGGAGCCGCCAUGAGCAAAGCGCACCCACCCGAGCUAAAGAAGUUCAUGGACAAGAAGCUGUCAUUGAAGUUAAAUGGUGGCCGACACGUCCAAGGGAUCCUGCGGGGGUUUGAUCCCUUCAUGAACCUGGUCAUUGAUGAGUGCGUGGAGAUGGCACCGGGCGGACAGCAGAACAACAUUGGCAUGGUGGUAAUAAGAGGAAACAGCAUCAUCAUGCUGGAAGCAUUGGAACGAGUAUAGCAGCAGGGAGACCCUCGUUGUUACCAGCUGUAACCAGCCCUGACCAACCUGCUCUGUUUACUCCUUGAAUCUGCCAUGAAGCACCCUGAGCAUAAACUUAUUUUUGUUUUGUUAAAUAAAUUUUGUAAUGGUUGACAUAAA